AUCGGAUAGCAAUGUGCUGACUCCCGGCCCGACCCACAGGCCCAGUUGCUUUCAGCACCAGCAUGUAUAAAUAGGUCCAUUUUCUCUGGGGCCAGGACAUCGUUUUUGUGGAGGCCCCUGUGAGCACUGGACAUCUAUUCUUUGGGGCUGGUCAGGUUAAUCAUCACUGAUAUACAGUAGCAUGGCUCUGAAUAAUCCCAACCCACUGGGACCAUGGAAGAUCACAGUUUAUGACCAGGACAACUUCCAGGGCAAGCGUCUGGAGUUCACCUCAGCCUGCCAGAACAUCAUGGAGUGUGGCGUUGACAACAUUCGUUCCCUCAAGGUUGAAUGCGGAGCCUGGACAGGAUACGAGCACUCCAGCUUCUGCGGACAGCAGUUUGUGUUGGAGAGGGGAGAGUAUCCUCACUGGGAGUCGUGGAGCGGCAGCAACGCCUACCACAUUGAGAGGAUGAUGUCCUUCCGCCCCAUCUGCUCUGCUAACCAUAAGGAGUCCAAGAUGGUCUUGUUUGAGAAGGAGAACUUCAUUGGACGACAGUGGGAGAUAAAUGAUGACUAUCCUUCUCUGCAGGCCAUGGGUUGGGGCAACAAUGAGAUUGGAUCCAUGCAAGUUCAGAGCGGCUCCUGGGUGUGCUACCAAUUUCCAGGUUACCGUGGAUACCAGUACAUCAUGGAAUGUGAUCGCCAUGGUGGCGAGUACAAACACUACAGAGAGUGGGGCUCCCAUGCGCAGUCCUUCCAGGUGCAGUCGCUGCGUCGGAUCCAACAAUGAGACUUGCGACCACCUCUCCCAACCUCUCACUCUUUACCUCCUCCACAUCCCUUUCCUCCACCUCUUCCUCCCUUCACCCAGUCAUUCCAGCACCUCCUGGUGCUUUACCCAUGAGAUGUUUACAGCGAUUUAGUUUUGUUCUGUUGCCAAAUGAAAAUAAAGAAAAAGUGAUGGGAAGAAUUGAGAAGAGAGAGACAACAGCCACCGAACAAAGGCUCCUGACUGAUGCCCCACUGAGGAUAGAAGAGGCGUUAGGAGACCUGGAGAGGGCAACAUGGUAGCCAUGUGAUUCACAGUCACUGCCCCUCACAUUUGUGGGUACAUGUGGUGCUCCCAGUCAUCAGUAAAGAACAAAUGGGCAACUUAAAAGAACCACAAAUACAAGAGUCUGCUGCUGACCUGCA